AUAAAAAAAUAAUUGUAUAUUAAAACAAUACAUACUUUCUAUUUUUUGUAUUGAAAUUACAAAUGGAAAGAUAAUGACUUGAUAAUUGGAAAUAUUUCCAGGACAUUUUACUUUUAUUUCGAACACGGAACCUUAUACUUGUCUACAAUUAACGCGUAUUUUAUGCGUUUAGUUGCGAAAUCCUCCCAUUCGUUCUCGUAUCAUUUUAAUUGCUCGUGAGAAACUCUGUCCACAAAUCUUAUUUUUAUUUACUUAUAGAUACGGAGCAUACAUAGGUAGGCAUUAUAGUCGUGAGCGAAUGAGAUUCGCCGAGAAUAAAAGAAGGCUAAGCGAACUGGAUAUUAAUUGUUGAAGGAGUAUCGUUGAAACUGCGGCGAAAAGAGAGAGAGAGAGAGAGAGAGAGAGAGAGAGAGAGAGAGACAUGUUGAUGGGGAGUGUAUUGGUUCUGUUUGUGCUCAUUAAUCAGUUCAAUUGAAUAACGUAUUAAUACUCCGGGGUCAUCGCGAGGGUUAAUCGCAAUGUCCACGCCGGACACGAUGGAUACCAUCGACGAGGCGGAACAAGCGUGGCAUGAGAUGCUGGAGUGCGAGACCGGGUCUCUUUUGGGCAGAGUGGCGGAUCUCGAGAGGCAAUCCUUGGCGCAGAGAGACGAGAUAGUAUGUCUUCGCGCCACUCUGGCGGACGCGCUAAGGCGAAUUGCCCAGCUCGAAGCGAGAGAGAAGCGGGAGGAUGAUAGAAACGAGAGGAGAAACGAGAGAAUGGUAUCCUCGCCUCUAAGGAACGGCCAUGUACCUCUCAGAAGUAAUCAAAAUUCGGUGCCACAAAAAGACUUGAGGCUACGUCAAACCAGCGGCCUCAGAAAUUCCACUUCUUCAGGAUCGUCGCAGGAUGUUCGCGAUGCGACAUCCAGUCCGAGGCGACCUGCCAGCUAUGUGCAUUCUUCUCAACUUCCUCAAAGGAGAUCCGUCCAUUAUCAGUCAACGGGCUCUUUGCAUUCGGAUAGUCCGAGUAGUAGUAGUGUUUCUCCGGUGCCAUCGCCAAGUCCUAGAGCUACACCACUGCCUGUAGCCAGAUCGCCCACGGCAAGAUCAAACGGACCGCCGCAAAGUAGUUUAAGAAGAGCGAAGAGAUGGUCGUCCACCGGCGAUUUUACACACUCUCCGCAAAACCAGGGAAGCAAUUCCCAGCUCAUCGGCACCAGAUUAUCUGCGUCCACCAAGUCCCUGUUCAACCUGUUCAAGCCACCGGCGAUGAACAACGUCAAGCACGGCACCAGAGAUAUGCAGUACAACGAAGAGGAGGGUACCGUUCGCAUGUAUUUGCGCGGCCGACCGGUCGUCCUUUACGUCCCUACGCCCAUGAUAGAAUCCUACGAUCUUCACAAAGUUAGCACACCGCCGCAAAGUAAAUUGAAGCUCGACUGGGUCUACGGAUACCGAGGACGAGACUGCCGGAGCAAUUUACACCUGUUGCCAACUGGCGAGAUCGUAUACUUUGUCGCGGCCGUCGUUGUUUUGUACAACAUGGAGGAACACUGUCAGAGGCAUUAUUUAGGCCAUACGGAUGAUGUUAAAUGCUUAGCGAUUCAUCCUAACAAAUUGAUCGUCGCGACGGGACAGGUAUGCGGAACGGAUCGUCGAGAUGCUAUGCCCCACAUCAGAAUAUGGAACUCUGUGAGCCUAACAACUCUCAGCGUAAUCGGCAACGGCGAAUUCGACGGAUCAAUUUGCUGCCUGUCAUUCUCGAAGGCUGACGGCGGAAGUUACCUAUGCGCCAUCGACGAGACCUCCGAUCACAAUAUAUCGAUCUGGGACUGGCAAAAGAGCGACCGUGGCACCAAAGUGACGGAAACGAAGUGCUCUGUCGACACGGUGGUUUGCGCCGAGUGGCAUCCGUUGGAACGAAAUCAGAUCGUCUCCUGCGGAAAAGGACACGUGUCGUUCUGGUCCUUGGACAAUGGUGGUAUGCUAUACAAACGUAUGGGCGUCUUCGAGGGUCGGGAUAAGCCCAGGUACGUUACCUGCGUCGCCUUCAAUCAAAACGGCGACGUUCUCACCGGCGACAGCAACGGCAACAUCAUUGUUUGGGCUCGAGGUACUAAUACAGUCUCAAGGCUAGUGAGGAAUCUCCACGAAGGAUCAAUUUUCUCAAUAUGUGUUUUGAAAAAUGGUAACAUUAUCACGGGAGGCGGAAAGGACGGUCGGAUUCAACAUUUUGACGCAUCCUUGAAUUUGACUGGAGAAGAAGCCCAGAUUGAAGAUCAUUUUGGAGGGAUUCGAACGCUAUCGGAAGGAAGGGGCACCCAGUUGUUAGUCGGUACAACGAGAAAUUGCAUUCUCGUCGGCGACGUUGAAAUGGGUUUUAAUCCAGCUAUGCUGGGUCAUGCCGAAGAAGUUUGGGGACUUGCGGCCCAUCCGACUUUGCCACAAUUUGCAACCGCGGGGCACGACAGAUUAUUGCAGAUGUGGGACAGUUUGAGCCAUACUGUGGUGUGGAGCAAAGACAUUGGGGAACAAGCGCAAAGUAUCGCUUUCUCACCGGAUGGUAAUAUCAUAGUUGUCGGCUGUAUGUCCGGGAAAUGGCUUGCUAUUGAUAGUGAGACACGAGAAUUAUACACACAUCACAGCGAUGGUUCGGAACCUAUUCAGGUUGUUCAAUUUUCACCCGAUGGUACUCUACUCGCACUCGGCUCCAGAGAUAAUUAUAUUUAUAUUUAUCAGGUGAAUGAAAGUGCGAUCAAGUAUGGCCGAGUCGGACGGUGUAUGCCAAAGCGGAUUCGAAGGCACGGAGGACACUCGAGCUUUAUAACUCAUCUAGACUGGUCCGUGGAUGGUCAAUAUUUACGUAGUAACAGCGGAGAUUAUGAAUUGCUCUAUUGGAAUCCAGGCGUGUGUCGUCAAAUACCGCAAUCUUCAUCGUUAAGAAACGUUGAUUGGGCAACCCAUACCUGCGUAAUAUCGUUCGAAACGAUAGGCAUUUGGCCGGAGGGUGCCGAUGGAACUGACGUGAAUAAUUGUACACGAAGUGGCGACGGCAAGCUUUUAGCUACGGGCGAUGAUUUUGGAAAAGUCAAGUUAUUUUCUCAUCCAGCAUGUCAGCCGAAGUCAUUAUACCAUUCUUAUGGUGGUCACUCGAGUCACGUGACAAAUGUCUCGUUUCUGCAAGACGAUUCUCGAUUGGUAUCGACUGGCGGCGCUGAUACUAGCGUUCUCCAGUGGAUAGUUAAUUAAGCAAACCGUCCGGAGCGAAUAAUUCCUACAAGUGCACUUCAAAAUCGGAGAACGGAAAAGAAACGUCAUCGUCGCGCCGCUUAGAAUUGAUGAUACCGCACGAUUGCGAUGAUACUUAAUUGCGACGACGAGCCACGUUGUGGGUUCUAUGUUCUUAAAAAGAUCAAAAAUAGAAUUAUCCUGACGCUUCGAUUUUCUAAUCAUCAGGAUACCGUCCGCUGCACGAUCUGUUUAAUCGUGAUAAACCCUUCUGUUUUUUUAAGCGGAUUCCAUCUAUAUAAAUAUGAAAUCUUUUCACGCCUCUAUUGUCAUCGGACGAGAAAUAUUCAAAAAUGUUUUUCAUACAUAUAUUUCACAUUCAUACAUACAUUUUUCAUAAAACACCUCAAUACUCCGUGUAUGUAAAUGCGUUUCCUUCUCGUAUCAGUGUAUGUGAUAGCAUUAAUGUAAUAUUUUUCAUACCAUUGUGUCUGACAUGCACAACAUUAAUGGACAAGUGCCUCUGCACGACCAACAUAGCUACCCUGAGAGCGAUAAAGCGGCGUAUUUUUUGUUAAUAUAUUACAACAAUUUUUUUAAAUUUUAUUCACUCAAACAGAGAUUCUUAUAUGCGACGCUUUGCUGAUUUAUUUUUAUUUUUUAUUAUUUUUUUGCAAAUAUACUGCUACUUUA